CAGAGCCGAGCCAUCAAUUAUCAAACAAAGGAAACUUGAAUAUCCAUUUCCACACGUGUAUGGGGAAACCACAGUCAAUUUUAGCAACUGACCACAAGAUAUGGCUACCGCACAUGGAGAUGAUGAAGGACAUGAACACAUCACGCGAAGCCCAAAUUUUCCUUCGGGCGCCACAGAAAAAGAUCGUUUUGAUGGUGGCUGUUCGUGGGUAGUAUGCAUUGCAGGAUUUUUGAUCCAAUGCAUCGUUUGUGCUCAAGGGAACCUCUCUGGAUUAAUAUUUACGGCAGUAUUGAAUGAAUACAACAACACUAGCCGAAGUCAAACUGCUUGGGUAACAGCUCUGGCAGCCGGUGUGUCAGAUGGAUUUGCAAUGAUUCCCGCCAUCCUUGGUAACCGGUUUGGAUUUGCUAAUGUCAUCAUGCUUGGUGGAGUGAUAUGCGCAGUUGGGAUGUUUACUUCCUCGUUUGCUCCGAACAUCUACGUACUUUAUUUAACUUACGGCUUAGUCUGGGGAUUUGGUUCGUGUCUUUGUAACUGUGCUGCUUUGUUUGUGCUUCCACAUUUUUUUAGCGCGCGAAUCGGCUUAGCUAAUGGAAUUGUAUUUUUUGGCGCACCAGUUGGUACUUUAGCUCUGACUCCAUUUGUUGCUUAUCUGCUGCAAAGAGUUAGGUUGGCCAGAACGUUUCAAAUAUUAGCUGGGAUUCAGCUUGUAAUUAUGUUUAGUGGAUUUAUGAUCAGACUUGCUCCUUCUCCUCCUCCUUCUCCUCCUUCUAAAUCAGACCAACUGCACAUCAAAAAUGAAAGAAAAAGUGGGUUUGACUGGACAAUAUUCAAGAACAAAGGUUAUAUGACUUUUGUAGUAGCGUUAUGCCUCUUUAUGCCUACCUAUUUGGUACCAUACGUGCAUUUGGUUAGACUUGCUGAAGACUCUGGCAUCGACCCUAUCCAAGCAGCCCUCCUGAUCAAUUUUGUGGCGUUUGGAUCAGUGAUAGUGCGGCCAUUUUUUGGAAAGCUAAUGGACAUGCGCUAUGUAAACCGUCUGACUGCGUUGCAAAUAACACUUCUACUUUUAAGUGUUUUUACAACACUCGUUCCCAUAGCAACUAAUUAUGAAUGGUUAGCAACUUAUGCUUUCCUCUUUGGAUUUCUGGAGGGAUGUUUUGUGAUUUCCUUACCGUUAAUUGUGCAAGACUUGGUAGAAAAGAAACAGCAAGCCUUCGCUCUUGGAUCACUGUUCUGCUUUCGUUCCAUUCCCAUGACCGCGGGUCCGUCCAUUGCUGGCUGGAUAUAUGACGUAACCCAAAGUUACAACGUAGCGUUCUUCAGCGCAGGUGUGGUCACGGUACUUUCCACGUGUGUGAUGUUCUUGGUUCCGCUGUUCAAAAAUAGAUCGUAUUCCAAACAGAGAGAAACUAUUCAAGUAGCAAGAAACUCUGAGCUUUGUCAUAAGGAAAACAUUGUGGCAAAGGAAACUUGUUUAUGAUGUAGGGAAGACAUAUCUGUAGCUUGUAAGGAGUAAAAGAAAAGGGUCAUAUGAACAGCCGCCAGCCAUCUCUGACCCUUAAAUACAGAUUUAUUUUCAAACUGGGUCGAACGCAAACUUUUCUUGUGAAAAUAAGUUUUGCUUGGAUCACAUUAAUUAAUUAUUUUUAUAUCGCAAGCGUUGUAUAACCCUUGUUUCAAAGCAGGGGUCAUGUGUAUUUUGGAAGUGUCUUACUCCAACUCGUGACUAUUGUCCAAUGUCGCCGCGUUUCUCUUCUUCUCUAGAUCCCUCUCGGUGCGCACCACUAUUCUGUUUGGUUUCUGUUUGGUUUUUUUUUACCAAUAUUUUCUGGCUGUUUAGUUGCACUUCCAAGAAAAAAAAUUCCACCGAAGGUCGGGCGUGGAACUUCCAUGGUUAGCUAACUGUCAAGCAUCGAAUUCUAGAAUAAAGGCAGCUAUUUAUCUUGAUGAACGUGCGAGUUGGAAUAACGCGGAAUAAGCCCAGAAUCGAGACGUAUGGUCGAUAGAGAUAAGAAGAGUGCGUUGAGAUUAUUUUGGUUUAAUUAUAACGAAUUGCUAUAAUACAAAUACAAAAGUUUUAGAUAUUGUGUAUCGAGGAUAUUGUCUAUCGAGGAUUUCUGUCAUGUUCAGGAGAAGGUUGUGAAAUAAAUAUUUGAAAGCUAUA